CAUAAGCGAUACAUUAUUCCUUCAUCAUUAUAAGAAAUGUCAGUUUGCAAAUCUUUCAAUAACAGCGCAAGAAUUGUCUAAUUAGAGCUGAAAACGUUUAUUAGUUCAAGCUUAAAUCCGGACUAAAGACUUGAAAUGCGUGAACAAAGAACUUACGGAUACGAUAACUUGGACAAACGAACAACCAACUGUUUUUGUCGAAACUGGAAUGUAAUCGCAAAUGUCGUUGGUUUUAUGCACAAUCGGAAUUUGGGGUUUGGGUCUCACUAUCAUUAAUAACCAUGAGGACAUUGGAGUUUAUUUGAUAUUAUGUGCUGUUGCAAUGACGAUUCUUGAAAUGAGCCUCAUUAUACAAAAAUUGCUUUCUACAUGCUUAAGCGAAGAAUCUCUAAUCCAACAAUGUUGGACCUUUGUUGUGGCUACAGAUACUUGGAAACGUGCCCUGUUGUACAUUGGUUUGUCUGUAGUGUGUUUCAUCUAUGUUAAGAAAGGUUGGCAAAUUCCUUUGGCAGGAGCUCUUAUGGACCUUUCAGGUCUAUUUUAUUUUGUGAAAACAUACAAUGGAAAACAAAAGAUUAAACCAUACAGAUAUAAACAAUUAUCAGUAACAUAAAUUGUCAAACCACAUUCAGCGACAAAAGAACAUUUAUACUUACUCUCAUGCAAUACAUGUCUCUCGUUAAUUAUGCAAACCAGCAAUAUUUAUUAUUUCACUUAAAAUAAAAUGGUGAAUGUUAA